CUUUAUACCACUCCUUUCACCUCGACAACCUCGACUUCUCGACCUCUGUUCUUCUCUCACCUCACCUCCAGUCCUUCUUUAGGCCUUCUGCCACCUUACCUUCGUCUCCAGUCCCUUUUGAGCCCUCUUCACUCACUCGAGGUGCAUUCAAUUGGACAGUCGCUCUUUUUUUCGACCAACACUUAGCCACAUCCCCCGAUUGUCGCUCAAGAAGCACAAGCAGAAGCACAAGCAGAAGCACAGUCAGUGACCGUGCCGUUUGGACUAGAUCGUCCCUGCCCUGUCAACACAGCUCUUUGACCAGAGUCCGUUCUCGAACAUACUGCCUCACCUGGUGUGAAGACCUUGCGUCAACAGAAGCACACUCCUCACGCACCAACAGUGCAGACCUUUCACUUCACAACCUCUGCUUGCUCAGAUUGACGUUCUGUGCGUUUGAAAUUUGCGGUUUCGGACCCAUUGAGACAUCUCGAGUCCAACUAUCCAUCAACAUAACAUCGACCGAUCAACCGUUCUUCCGUCGUUCAAGAUGAAGACUCUUGCCCCCUUUGCCGUGGCCGCCUUGUGCGCUGGUAUGGCGGCUGCCUCUCCCCUCGACAAGCGCGACUAUGUGACCGAAAUCGAUUUGUACACUGUGACCGUCACCGUAACUGGAUACCCUCCUACCGAUACACCUGCACCCUCUGUCAGCGACUGGAAUAGCUGGAGCAGUUGGGGACAAUGGCACGGAGGAAGCAGCGGGGAUUGGAGUAGCGAGUCGCCUUCUCCUACCUCGGUGGCCCCUGCCGAUACACCUGCCCCUUCUCCAGCUGCAACCUCUGAGUCCUGGGCAGCCUCGACGUCAGAAGCGGCAUCGACUCCUACUCAAGCAGCACCUUCGCCGGCCUCCACCUCGGUCUCUUCAGACUAUCAGCAAGGAAUUCUUGAUUCGCACAACAUGCAUCGGGACAACGCAUCUGUGCCGCAUUUGACCUGGAGUGAUGAUAUGGCCUCUAUCGCCGCUCAAAUCGCCGCCAGCUGUGUAUAUGCUCAUGACACUUCCACUGGUGGCGGUGGCUAUGGCCAGAACAUUGGUGCAGGAGCCCCUCCCUCCGACAUCCCUGCCAUGAUCACUGAUGAGAUGUAUAACGGAGAGAUCAACUUCUAUCCGGCCUAUGGCGUGGAGCCGGACAUGAGCAACUUCGAAAAAUGGGGUCACUACUCCCAGAUCGUCUGGAAAUCCACCACCUCUGUUGGCUGCGCCACUCAGUACUGUCCCAAUGGGUUGGCCAAUACCGGUGGCAAUGUCAGCCCUUAUUUCACCGUCUGCAACUAUAGCCCACCAGGCAAUUUUGGUGGCGAGUAUGCUGCGAACGUCUUGCAGCCCGGGAACAUGCCUACUGUCACGUUAUAAGUGGCGCUUCGCUUCUGCAUGAUCUCACGAUUCAUUGGAUGGGCCUCCAGCGCAAGGAAACAAACCAAUGACAAUGAUAUGUGGUGCUCAGUUCCAGGACGAAAUGCAUAUGCAAGCACGGAGCGGGGGUUAGCGAGCAGUGUGGGAUUAUUUUCUUUUUCCUUUCUUUCUACAAGCCUGUUGCUUCACCAUCUGAAUGUCCUCGCUUGGGGUUCCAUUUGGAUGAGCUGAACGUCAUGGCCUUCCUGGAUUUUGAUUCUUGACCACCGGGAGUGCGGCUUGAAGGACAUUUUGGAGGAUGAGAGUACCUGGGAAAGAGAGGUCCUGAGGAACAAGAAGGCUUGAGUCUGUAGAAUAGAGACCCGAGCAGAAAAGUGUGUAUCAACAGCUUGAUUGCAAAAUCAUGAAUGGAGUCCCCGUGGGUCACAGGCCUCUUUUUGAUGGGUGGCGAGGUUGUCUCGGUUUUAACCCGGCCUCGUCUUCCGUCGUGUCUGGACCGCCUGUUAGCAU